ACCGCGCGCGGACACGGCCGUGCCGACGGCAGCGAGCAGCACCAGCCGACAGCAGCCAGCAGCACCAGCCGACAGCAGCCAGCAGCACCAGCCGACACCAGCACAAUGAUCAGGGCCGCGCUCGUCCUGACGCUGGUCGGCUGGGCGGCUGGCGCCGCGGCCGCGGCCAGGCCUCUGAUCGUCAUCGUGCCCUCAGCACGGCCGCACUGGCGGCCCGGAGGCAACUCGGGCGCCGCUCACUGGCUGUACGCCCUCCGGCGCCGUACGCUCGCUGACCUCGGCCGACUGGGCCGGCGCUACGAGCUGCGGUACGGCCGCCUGGGCCGGCCGUGGGCAGCCGCCUCUGCCGCCGGCCCGUCCGGCCCCUGGGCGGUCACCAGCGACGGCCGACGCCACGCUGUGUACGCCAUGAGCGGAGUGGCCUGGCCGGCCGGCGCCGCCCGCCAGUGGCCCCCGGCCCACUCGCCCAGCCGCGGCAUCAAACACCACGGCCACGGCUGGGGCAUCGUCUGGACGAAUGGAGCUCACUGUGGCCACGGCGGCAAACACCAGCCCGAGCGGGAUCAGCAGCCCAAGCGGGAGCCACCGUAUCCCGAGCAGCCCGAGCGGGAGCCACCGUAUCCCGAGCAGCCCGAGCGGGAGCCACCGUAUCCCGAGCAGCCCGAGUGGGAGCCACCGUAUCCCGAGCAGCCCGAGCGGGAGCCACCGUAUCCCGAGGAGCCCGAGCGGGAGCCACCGUAUCCCGAGCAGCCCGAGGCGUCUGGACUCUAUCCUGCCGAGCUGCCCGACGUCGCGGCGCCGGAGGAGAAGACCGAGUGUGCCGAGGGCGCCGUGUUUGUGACGGGCGAGUGCACGUGUCCGGACAGCCGGCCGUUCCUGGACACCAUCCUGGAGCGGUGCGUGGACGUGCGGCCCGUCAUCCACUGACGGAGCCGGGGGCGCCUGGCACGGUGGCCGUGGCACCGGCAAUCGGCCCGUGUCACCGAGUGCGGCGGCCAGUGUCACAGUGUCUGUGUGUCAGUGUCACAGUGUGCCAAUGACACGGUGUGUCAGUGGCACCCGGACUGGAACGUCGACCGUCGGAGGUGCAGAGUUGUAGCCUGUGGCGACAGGGGCCGACGGCGAGCAGCCCCUCCGCUGCCGGGAGCUGUGGUACCACCACUGGACGGUGGGCACGGCGCUGAGCGCAGCCCCUCCGCUGAGCCGCCCUACCUACAGACGUAUGUAUGUACUGGUCAGCUCCGAGAAGGCCAGUGUACCGCCAACUUACUCUCAUGCUGCUCGUGAAUACAGACACUGAUCGAGA